AUGAAUGGAAAAGUAAAAAAACUGGGAAAAUAUGGUGUGGAAGAUAUAAUGAGUUAUAUUCAAAUGGUUGAUUCAACCAAAGCAUACAAAUGGAAGAGUAAAAAUUUAACAUAUUCAAUAGGAUUUAUUCCUAAGCAAUUAUCACGAAAAAUAGUAAGGGAUGUGAUGAAGAUAGCCUUUGAAGUAUGGUCAACGGUAACAAAAUUGAAUUUCAUCGAAGUACCACAAAAUGGAAAUAUUAAAAUUGAUUUUGUUAGUGGAGAACAUGGAGAUGGAUGUUCUUUUGAUGGACCAGGUAAAAUAUUGGCUCAUGCAUUACUUCCACCAUAUGGUUUAAUUCAUUUUGAUGCGGAUGAAAAAUGGGCUGCUCUGAUUAUCAAUGAACUUUCCAGAUACGAUAAGAUAGAUUUGCUGCCAGCAGCAAUUCAUGAAAUUGGUCAUAUUUUGGGCUUAGAACAUUCCUUGGAAAAAGAUUCGAUAAUGUUACCAGUCUAUCAUUAUCAAUCUAUUGAUUCAAAUGGUAAUUAUGUGAAACCUAAACUUACUAAUUUUGAUAUCUUACGCAUACAACAGUUAUACGUAUUUCAAUACAAUUCAAUGCGGUUGUUUUCAAUGAUUAUUAGUAUGAUUGGUAUUAAUACUUAUGCACAAUAUCGUGCACGAAUUAAUCGUCUGUCACGUCACGACUCAAUGGAAUGCAUAUCAAAACAAGCAUAUUAUGAUACCAAACAUAAUUAUUUAGCAAUUAUUAGCUUGGAUAUGAAAUGUGAUAAACUUUUACAAAAAGCUUUUGAAAAAGCUAUAACUAAACCGGAUAAUUUAAAAAUUCGAAUUAUAAACAAUCCUGAAAAUUUUGAAUAUAUAUUACAAACGGUUCAGAGUCGAUGUACCGUAACAAUUAUUGAAGAAUCAACUACGAUAAUUUGGUUUUUCUUCGAUUGCAUAAAAAUUAGUAGCGAAGUACGUGAAAAGAAAAAUGGAAUUAUGUGGAUAAUAGUAACAAUACUGGUAAUUACGGCAAUUGCCAUUUGUGCUACGAUUGGCAUUUGUUGUUAUUUAACACUUCGAAAGAGACAUUGGAAACAUGAUCGAAUGUCAGAUGAUAGUUCGAUAAAAGAACAACAUACUUCUGUUUCUAAUAGAAAUACAACGGAAAAGAAGGCAUCACCUACAAAUUCAAUGAAAUCAACAAGUGUUUCAAGUAGAGGAAUGAAGAAAACAAAUGGAGAAAAUGCUUAA